AGAUGAGCCCUGUGGACUAGUUUGUUUGGCGGAGGUAGGCAUUUCUAGAGUUCUCUACUGGGCACAUUUCCUGUAUUGAUGAAUGCCCUCGCGAAGAAGCGCGGUUCUGCACCGGGAGAAGUGUAGCUAGCUAGUAGACAGCUUUAAGCGCGAUUGAUACCUUAUUUCGUGUUUAUGCACUAUACUAAUAUGGUUUUCUAAUCGGUUGUGAUCUACUUGAAUACCGUUUUGAGAACUCGCUUUUUAUUUCAACUUCACGCUAAAAUAAACUAGCUAACGUUAGCUACUAUGUCGGGAGGCGUCGUGCGAGGCCCUGCAGGAAAUAACGAUUGUCGUAUUUACGUCGGAAAUCUACCCCCUGAUAUUCGCACCAAAGAUGUCGAGGACGUGUUUUACAAAUACGGAGCGAUUCGCGACAUCGACUUGAAAAAUCGGAGAGGAGGACCUCCCUUUGCCUUUAUCGAAUUUGAAGAUCCCAGGGAUGCCGACGAUGCAGUGUACGGACGAGACGGCUAUGACUACGACGGUUAUCGGCUGCGAGUUGAAUUCCCUCGGAGCGGCAGGGGUGGGGGGAGAGGCGGCUUUGGUGGUGGUGGUGGGGGGGUUGGUGGCGCCCCUAGAGGCAGAUACGGGCCGCCAUCCAGACGCUCCGAGUACAGGGUCAUUGUCUCUGGGCUUCCUCAGAGUGGCAGCUGGCAGGACCUCAAGGAUCACAUGCGUGAGGCUGGGGAUGUAUGUUAUGCUGAUGUUUUCAGAGAUGGAACUGGGGUUGUGGAGUUUGUGCGCAAAGAAGACAUGACCUACGCCGUUCGAAAACUGGAUAACACCAAAUUCCGAUCUCACGAGGGAGAGACCGCUUACGUUCGCGUGAAAGUAGAUGGUCCCCGCAGCCCGAGCUAUGGAAGAUCACGUUCCAGGAGCCGCAGUCGAAGCAGGAGCCGCAGCGCAGCCAGUCGCAGCCGCAGCAACUCUCGCGGUGGUGGUACCCGUGGUGGCAGAGGAUCUCCUCGCUACUCUCCACGCCAUAGCCGCUCUCGCUCCCGUUCCUAAACUCUGUUGCCCUUUUGGUGGAUCCCCUGUAAACAGUUCCCCUCUACACUUGUUUUUACCCCCUUUUGAGUUUUUCCAGAAGUCAACUAUAGAUUUGAAUUUUUGCAUUUCAUCUCCUGAUGUCCUAGUGGAAGGUCUUGGUAUGUAGGUCUAUCACCUUUCCUCCCUCCCCAGACCCUCCCUACUUUAGUCCUUUUGUUUUGAUCCCUUUCAAUUCAUUUUGAUUUACCGAUUGUCUGUCCUCAAUUUUUGCAACACUUGAAACCCGGUUGUUCUUUUUAAUGAGAUCAAUGUUUUUGUAAGUGUUGGAAAAUUGAGAUGUACUUUUUCAUGGGAUGGUGGGAGUUCAUUGCUAAACUGUUUUACCCUUGUGUCUUCCUUUAGACAUCUGAAGAUAAGGAUUAAAGAGUGAUUUGGAAUAAAAGUUGUGGAGCACAUUUCAUUUGUUUGAUCAGGAUAGGACAUCUUAGGAGGAGUCAGGUCGAGGCAAUGGUAUGCUUUAGUAUUGAUUAUUUGCAUCUAUUGAUAAAAUGGUUGCUACAAGAUGCAUGAUUGUCUCUUGAAUGUAGCACAAUUUUCUAUAUCAGAUAUACUUAUUGUUUGGCAACCUUUUUUAAGCACUGAUAAACAGUGCAUGUAUUUGGUUUUGUGCCAGGACAAAUGUCCUGGGGUAUACCUUUUCAACUUUAAUGUUACAUAGGAACCCUUUUUUCUUUUAUAGAUGCUGGUUUAAUUAGACAGGGGCUCUGGGCUUGUUUCAGCUCAAACAUUGAGAAAUAUAUAUUUUUUAAUCUAAACUGAAUUUGAUGCUUUUGGUGCUCACUUUUUUAAAUUGAUCAUUAGUAGUGACAUGUCAUGAGUGCACAAUAUAAGAAGUGGGCUGGGCCCAAAUCAGACAUGAUUCUAAUGGUUUCCCUCUGAUUUUUUUCCUGGUAUUUCAAGGUUUUGAUUGGAGGAGUGGCUCAGUGGAUCCCAAUCCUUGGAGCCGGAUCAGAGGAGCGUUUAGGGAAGGGAUAGGCAAGGAUGGAUGCUUGGAGCCGGAUCAAUUUUCCAGGAAUCAAAUCAAUUGAACUAAUUAAGGAAUCCUAGAUGCAACUUUUUUGAAUGGCCCAGUUUAUUUCAAUUUUUGAGCGAUAAAUAUGCGCAGAGUCAAAGGAUAAGGAUUAUUUACAUUUUUGGAGUAAGAAAAAGGAAACUGAGGACCAGGAAGUUGGAUCAAAGGAUGCAAGGAGUCUGGUAAAUAAGGCAUUAAAAUGUGGGAUGGUUGGGGAUUAUAUUUAGUAUAGUUAGUCUUUAUUACUUAAAUUUACUUUACUCUUUCAGUUUAGCAUUUUCAAUAAAAUCCUGAAAAGACA